AUGAAUCAUCUGAUGAUUCAAAGAUUUUACCUGAAAAAAAAACAAGAUUACUAUGUUUCGACUCCUGUUAAUCUAAAAAAUCAGCCAACUUUAGUAGUUCGAUUGUCUGACAUCAGGAAAUCGUACGAUUCAACAAGAACAGAUUCCACACAAUCGGAAAGUCCUGCGCCCAGCAUUCCUUCAAAGCUUCUAGAAAUGUUUGAUAGUCGUUCUACUGAGUCUUCAUUUACAUCAAAUCUACAAAAAUCUAACUUUCUUAAUUUGGAAACAAAUAAUUCUAUCAAUAACUCUCCAAUCCAACUUUCUAAUAAUAACCUCCCAGAAAAUGAAAAGUCUACCUACAGUGCCGAUGUGAGCUUUAAUGAAGCUUCAAACAAUAGCGUCAAACAAAACGUAGAAGAAAGUCAACUAGAAACUACUCAAAGCGAAAACUCGAAAGUAUCCAAUAACAAUGACCCCGACUUUGACUCUGAUAGUAGCGGAGUAGCAAAAAGUAAUGAUAGUAAUAAAAAUGAUGACUCAAAAAUCGCUAGUAUCAACAAAUCAUCUUCAUUCGAGGCUAUCAUUCCUUUUCAUCCGUGUGAAAAUGUUGUUAAUGCUGAUAAAGAUGAUAAUUACGAUAAUAAUAACCGCAAAAAAAUUCGCCAGCACUCAAGAAAACGUCAUGCUAAAGUUCUUACUGCUGAAAAUUCGGAUAUUGAGAAUUCAAGCCGCAAAGUUGGCUUUUCUAAGCCGAAGUCAUCAACUAAAAAAAGGAAAUAUACUUCAGACGUUGAAUCUGAUAGAACCCCUACUCAAAGUGCCGAUCAGAAUAAAAUUAGCCGUAAUACAUGGUUACCUGCUGAGAUAAAUUGUCUUAUUAAAUAUUUUGGUAGACUGGAAACAGUACAAAAAACUCCAAAUAUAGCAACGUGCCAAAAGCUCAUACGAAAGUACGAUGCUUUGAAAAACAGGACAGCAAUUCAGGUCAGGGCGCAAGUCGAUAAUUACAGACGAGCUGCGGAAAGAAAAGAGCGAUACCGAAAAAAGAAAAAUGAAGGCAAAAGUUCUAAAUCCUUAUCAGAUUAA